GCAUCCCAGUGGUCCAGCGGCUGUACACAAUGUCAUUUCUGUUGGACGUUCUUCCGGCGUUUCGCGAGCGGAACAAUCCGCGCGAGUAAUGAGAGCAGGACCGAAGUCCGUCCGCGGUAUCGCCGACUGAUAAGUACGCGCCGGAGAUUGAACGUAUCCCAGAUUUACCGCAGAUUAUGAUACACAAGAAGGGCACGGGAUAAAAGCAUCGUAUUUAAAGAACGGGUAACGAGGAGUCCCGAGAAGGCCGAAGCGCAAGUAUACCACCACGACCGUUUAGAUUACGUUCGAUACACGUAUACAUGCCCGGCUUCGAUAUUCACGUAUAAUUGCUCGGUGAGCAAAAUCGAUAAGCGCUGUGAAAAUAUAGACGCAGAUGCUUUUGAAUCUGAUAUAAUCGUUUGAAGGCAAAAUGAUAUUCUCUUUAAUUAUCCUGAUCCUUUCGGUGGGGAUCUGCUACAGUAAUCCAGACGCUAAGAGACUUUACGAUGAUCUGCUGUCGAACUAUAAUCGGCUGAUUCGACCUGUGUCCAAUAAUACUGAUACUGUUGUUGUGAAACUAGGACUCCGUCUCUCGCAGCUGAUAGAUCUUAAUUUAAAAGAUCAAAUCUUAACGACAAACGUCUGGUUAGAGCACGAAUGGCAGGAUCAUAAAUUCAUCUGGGAACCCUCGGAAUACGGAGGUGUCACUGAACUCUACGUGCCCAGCGAACAUAUAUGGCUGCCAGACAUUGUACUUUAUAACAAUGCCGAUGGAGAAUAUGGUGUGACAACAAUGACUAAGGCCAUUUUGCAUCACACUGGUAAGGUGCUUUGGACUCCUCCGGCAAUUUUCAAAUCUUCCUGCGAAAUAGACGUUAGAUAUUUUCCCUUCGAUCAGCAAACAUGUUUCAUGAAAUUUGGCUCGUGGACGUAUGAUGGUUUCCAAAUCGAUUUAAAGCACAUUAAUCAAAAUAUGGGCGACAAGGUCGAAGUAGGUAUCGACCUGCGAGAAUAUUAUCCAAGUGUGGAGUGGGACAUAUUGGGCGUUCCGGCAGAACGUCAUAAAAAAUACUAUCCGUGUUGUCUCGAGCCAUAUCCCGACAUUUUCUUCAAUAUAACUCUACGUCGAAAAACACUGUUCUACACGGUGAAUCUUAUUGUGCCGUGCGUCAGCAUCUCUUACUUGUCGGUUCUGGCUUUUUAUCUGCCGGCUGAUUCUGGAGAGAAGAUCGCACUCUGCAUCAAUAUCUUGCUUUCGCAGACUAUGUUCUUCUUACUGAUAUCCGAGAUUAUACCAUCUACAUCGCUGGCACUACCAUUGCUUGGCAAGUAUCUACUCUUCACGAUGAUUCUAGUCGGAUUUUCGGUGGUGAUAACAAUCAUUAUUCUAAAUGUGCACUAUCGCAAACCGAGCACCCAUAAAAUGGCACCUUGGGUGAGAAAAGUCUUUAUCAGAAGAUUACCGAAACUACUUCUGAUGAGAGUACCUGACGAUCUUCUCAAUGAUCUUGCCGUACACAAGAUGCACGGAAGAGAAAAAUCGAAAAAGAAGAGCAAGUUUAAUGCUGCUGUCGCAGCUGCGGUACAAUCGUCAAUAAUAUCUUCGCCGGAUUCUGCCCGUCAUCAACGAAUCGACGGUUGCAACGGUUUACAUAGGACAACUGCUCAUAAUCGAUUCCUAGUCGGCAGUUUAGGAUACAAUGGGCUUCCAACAGUUAUGUCCGGUCUUGACGAGUCAUUGAGCGAUGUAACGCCAAGAAAGAAAUAUCCCUUCGAGCUGGAAAAAGCUUUGCACAACGUCAUGUUCAUCCAACAUCAUAUACAACGUCAAGACGAAUUCAAUGCAGAGGAUCAAGAUUGGGGUUUUGUCGCGAUGGUUCUCGACCGUCUCUUUCUGUGGAUGUUCUCGAUAGCUUCAAUAGCCGGAACCUUCACUAUCCUAUGCGAAGCACCGGCACUCUACGACGAUACAAAACCGAUUGAUACGGAAUAUUCUUCCGUUGCUCAACAGCAAUAUCUCCCAUCCAGUCAAGAAUUACUAAAGUCUAUUGUGUUGUAGACAUAUUCGUUAGGCUACGCGCGAUGUAUUAUCAACAUGAAAAAGGAAGCGGCGAACUGUCUUGCCGAAUCUAGCUAAGUUGUGAUAGGUCAUAGCCAUGGAACCGAAGAAACCAAUCUCCACACGCGAAACGCAAUUCGCGAAUGUUCAUUAUAUACAUUACGAUUCGUACGUACUCAGACAUUUAAAUCAUAUAUUUAGAUAAAUUACGAUCUUCGAUUUUAAGACGUAUACAUGGAAUAUAGUUACAAUGCUAGAGUCUAUUCGGUUCUAGGAAUUGGCCUAAUGAUAUAAGCGUGAUUUAAUUCCGAAACAGACAAUUCGCUAGCUUGCCAAUAAGCGACGAUUACAACACGAUUAUAUUCCCGAAACAAAAAUUGUAUUUGUAUUUAUUAUUAUACGCGCAAAUAGUGCGCGACUCGUUCUUUGAUAAUAACGUCUAUUGAUGUUCGCAAUGUUACGGCAAAAGAUUUCGCGAUAGGUAUCAUUUGUAAAACUUUUGGUAACGUUGGUUACACGAUAUGUAACGGUGGUAUCUUAUCCGCACACUUAAAUCUAAUUAUAUAUAGGACAAGUUUCAUGCUCCAAUUAAUAUCUUCCCGACGAGCAUUCGAUUCAUAUAUGUAGCGUAGUUUUUCGAUAAAUUAUAAACAAAACUUUUUUCAUUACAAAAAC